UUGCUUACCUGCUGAUAGCAAGGACAACCAACACAGGUUGUAUCUGUAGUACAUCUCGCAAGAGUUAGAUUGAUUACAAAACUUAACGGUUUAAGUGGUUCGUUGCGUGAGUGAUAGUGUGUGAAAACCAAUCGAUCAAAUGACCAAAAUGGUUUAUACGAUAUCGGAUAGGGUGGAUAAUAAGACCAUAGACGCAAGUCAAGAGGUCAUGGAUGCAAAAUUCCACCGUGUUAAAACCAAAGAUACCGAUGAAGAGGAAGAAUUUGCACCGAGUGAAGUUUACCGAAUUUGGAAAAAUGUUCUUGUGAUUGGAUUUGCUUUCAUGAUACAUUUCACCGCAUUUUGGGGCACUUCGAAUUUGCAAAGCUCCAUUAAUGCGGACGAUGCUCUGGGAACGUUUACUUUGGCUGCAAUCUACGCAUCUCUAAUAUUAUCCAACGUGUUCCUUCCAACUAUCGUAAUCAGAUGGUUUGGAUGCAAAUGGACCAUCGCUUUAUCCUUCAUCACUUACAUGCCCUUCAUCAUAGCCCAGUUUUACCCAAAAUUCUACACAAUGAUCCCAGCUGGUUUAGCGGUUGGUUUUGGAGGAGGUCCUUUAUGGUGUGCAAAGUGUACAUAUUUGACGGUUAUUUCCGAAGCUUAUGGACAACUUACCGGAACUUCGCCCGAAAUUGCAGUCACACGUUUCUUCGGUGUAUUUUUCAUGUUCUAUCAGUUCUCACAAGUGUGGGGAAACCUCAUCAGUUCAGCAGUUCUCUCUUCUGGAGGUAUCUCUGAACCGACCGCACUUCUGACCAACACAACGGUCUCAAACCUAACGUCAUUGUUAUCCGCCGAAACCGUGGUUACAUCCUUGCAGGAUGAAAGACCAAAUGAUUUAUGUGGCGCCAAUUUCUGUCCAGGAACAGUAACCGAAGUGGCAAACCCUAAUCUGCACCCUCCUGAAACAUCAAAAAUUCAUCUAAUCACUGGAAUUUAUUUGGCUUGUAUGGUUGGUGCCUGUCUAGUUGUGGCGAUUUUUGUUGAUCCGAUGAAUAGAUAUGGAAAAGGGCGCAAAGGCAGUGGGAGUGGGCUCUCUGGUAUUAAAUUGUUGGCAGUUACUUUAAAACAACUUGCUCAUCCUUAUCAAAUUUUAAUACUUCCAAUUACAAUGUUUAUUGGGGCUGAACAAGCUUUCAUUGCUGCCGACUUCAAUUCGGCCUACGUUUCCUGCGGCUGGGGAAUCAGCAACAUUGGCUUCGUGAUGAUCUGUUUCGGCAUUUGUAACGGAAUUGCCGCCAUCUUUAUCGGAAAUUUGAUCAAAAUAACCGGAAGGAGUCCUGUCAUAUGUUUUGCCUUGUCUCUACAUGUGGCGCUUAUUGUGACUCUGCUUGUUUGGCAACCGGCUUAUUCGAAUAAACUGGUUUAUUUUGCCAUUGCUGCCUUGUGGGGGAUUUGUGAUGCCGUCUGGCUUGUGCAAAUCAACUCCUUGAGUGGUAUCCUCUUCCCUGGCAAAGAGGAAGCAUCUUAUAGUAACUUCCGUUUGUGGGAAUCAACCGGAUCUGUCAUAACAUACGUUUAUAGUCCAUAUUUAUGUACGGACGUAAAACUCUAUCUACUUCUUGGACUUCUGCUGAUUGGAGCUUCAGGUUAUACAGCCGUUGAAUACAAACAGUACAAAAAGAAACACGCAGAAAAGGAUCAAAGAGUCAAAGGAAAAUUUGAACUUGUCCACAAUAACAUUAACUCGGCCGAAAUUGCCGAAUAAGUAGUUAUUAGUCUGUGAUUUAUUAUUAUUAUUAGGUUUUAAAUUAAGUUCGAUAUUAAGAAAGGAUUCUGUGAAUCUAACACAUUACACCUGUAUAUUAUGAUCAUUAAUAUAAUAAAGUUUAUUUUGACACAAA